AUGGACCUGUUUACACAGGCUUUAGACUAUUGGUUUAUUCCCAUCUAUUCAGAAGAGGCUCAUUCUGUAAAUCCGUCUAGUGUUGAUGAAAACAUUGACUCGGAGACAGAGAAAGACUCCCUCAUCUGUGACAGUAAAGUCCUCCCCAGUAAAGCCCCGCUCCCGUCUGCUCUCGAUGAGUAUGAGUUCAAGGACGAUGAUGAAGAAGAGUUAAGUAAAAUGAUUGAUGACAGGCACAUUCUAAGGAAAGAACAGCGCAAAGAAAACGAGUCCGAAGCAGAAAAGAGUGGUUUGUUUGCAAAACAGGAGAAGGCCUUCUAUUCCAAAUCAUUUAAAACUAAAAAGCAGAAGCCGUCUAGGGUUCUGUAUUCCAGUACUGAAAGUUCUGAUGAAGAUGUUCUUCAGAACAAAAAGAUUUCUACUGCAUGUUCUGUCCCUGAAACAUCAAAUUCUGAUAUGCAAGCCAAGAAAGAAUAUGAAUAUAAACAGAAAGGCAAAGUUAAAAGAAAAUUAAAAAAUCAGAAUAAAAACAAAGAGAACCAAGAAUUGAAACAAGAAAAAGAGGGGAAAGAAAACACCAGAAUAACAAACUUGACAGUCAAUACUGCACUGGAUUGUUCAGAGAAAACCAGAGAGGAGGGCAGUUUUAGGAAAUCUUUUAGCCCAAAAGAUGAUACUUCAUUACACUUAUUUCAUAUUUCCACUGGUAAAUCUCCCAAACAUUCUUGUGGAUUAAGUGAAAAACAGUCAACACCGCUAAAGCAAGAACAUACAAAAGCAUGUAUUUCACCAGGGAGCUCUGAAAUGUCGUUACAGCCUGAUCUUGCUCGAUAUGAUAAUACAGAACCUGAAUUUUUGCCAGAAAGUUCAAAUAUAAAAUCUUAUAAGCAUAAGGAAAAAAACAAACAUCAGAAAGAUUUCCACCUAGAAUUUGGUGAAAAAUCAAAUGCCAAAAUAAAAGAUGAGGAUCAUAAUCCAGCAUUUGAAAACUCAGAGUGCACGCUGAAAAAGAUGGAUAAGGAGGGCAAAACACUAAAAAAACACAAACUGAAACAUAAAGAGAAGGAGAAGGAAAAGCACAAAAAGGAAGUUGAAGGGGAAAAGGACAAAUACAAAAAUAAGGAAAAUGCUAAAGAGCUGCAGAGGAGCGUUGAAUUUGACAGAGAAUUUUGGAAAGAGAAUUUUUUUAAAAGCGAUGAAACGGAGGAUCUCUUUUUAAGUAUGGAACAUGAAUCCCUAACAGAAAAAAAAUCAAAACUUGAAAAAACCAUGAAAGAUGACAAAUUAACUAAGGAAAAACAUGUCUCAAAAGAGAGGAACUUUAAAGAAGAACGGGAAAAGACUAAAAAGGAAAAUGAAAGAUCUCUUAGGGAAGAAAAGCUGAAAGAAGAAAGAGACAGUGUACCCACAGAUAAAGAAGUAGAGUGUGGUUCUGUGGGGGCCAGUGUAAACCAGGACUCGGUAGGGCUACAUUCCAUGGAAAAGGACGUAGACAUUGAAAAACAAGAAAAGCAUACAAAAGAAAGGGAGAAAUCAGACAGACGAUUUCAAACUAAGGAAAAAGAGGUUGACAAGACUGAACGAAAAUUUUCUGAAAAAGAAAAGAAGAUAAAACAUGAACAUAAGUCAGAAAAAGAGAAAUUGGAUUUUAGUGAAUGUGUUGACAGAGUAAAAGAAAAGGACAAGUUAUAUUCACACCAAACAGAAAGGGGUCAUAAAGAAGGGGAGAAAAUAAAAAACACUAUUAAAAAAACUGAUCACAGAGAGAGGAACAGAGAAAAAAUGGAUAGAAAGCAUGACAAAGAAAAACCCGAAAAGGAGAGGUGUUUAGCAGAAAGCAAAGAAAAGCACUUAGAGGAAAAAAAGUCUGAUAAUAGUGAGUAUACUAAAUCAGAAAAGGUCAGAAAUAAAGACAGGGAAGGAGAGAAGAAGGAAAAAUUUAGAGAUAAAGAAAGUAUAAAUGUUACUAACUCUAGACAUUUGCAAGAAGAGAAAAGGUCAAGUACAGGAGAUAGUAGUAGUAAAAUCCAGCAUGAGAAAACUAUGUCCCUUAAAGAAAAGGCAAGGGAUGAACCUUUGAAAACUCCAGAUGGAAAAGAGAAAGAUAAAAAAGAUAUAGACAGAUACAAAGAACGAGACAAACGUAAAGAUAAAAUCCAACUAAAUACUUUAAUCAAACUAAAAUCUGAAACAGAUAAGCCUAAACCUAAGUCAUCACCGGCAUCGAAAGACAUCCGACCUAAAGAAAAGAGGCUAGUCAAUGAUGAUCUAAUGCAGACAAGUUUUGAACGGAUGCUCAGCCUUAAAGACCUAGAGAUAGAACAGUGGCACAAAAAACAUAAGGAAAAAAUUAAGCAAAAAGAAAAAGAGCGAUUAAGAAAUCGUACUUGUUUAGAACUUAAAGUAAAAGAUAAAGAAAAAACAAAACAUACACCCACUGAAUCAAAAAAUAAAGAAUUUACCAGGUCAAGAAGUUCAGAAUUGACUGAUGUUUAUAACAAGGAGAAAUAAUCUAAAGAUGUUGGAAGUAAUAGAUCACAAUCUGUUGACACCAAAAAUGUACUGAAUUUAGGGAAGUCAUCUUUUAUUUCAGAGAACAGCUCAAACCGCUCUCCUAGGUCAGAAAGUGAGAGGCUGGGUCUGAUGACUCGAAACAAAUCGAGCACAAUGGUAAAUCAGAGCAAGCAGAUUGUUGCUGGCUGUACACUUCUGCCAGAAAAAGACAAUGACUCCUCCCCUAGGGGAAGAAUAAGGCUCACUGAAGAAGACGAUCCCCAGAUUCACCAUCCCCGGAAAAGGAAAGUGUCACGGGUCCCUCAGCCUGUGCAAGUGAGUCCUUCUUUACUACAGGCAAAGGAGAAGACGCAGCAGUCUCUAGCAGCCAUCGUUGAUUCUCUGAAACUAGAUGAGAUUCAGCCAUACAGUUCUGAGAGAGCAAAUCCGUACUUUGAGUAUUUGCACAUAAGGAAAAAAAUUGAAGAAAAACGCAAAUUAUUAUGUAGCGUUAUUCCUCAAGCUCCUCAGUAUUAUGAUGAGUAUGUAACAUUUAAUGGAUCAUAUCUCCUGGAUGGAAACCCCUUAAGCAAGAUUUGUAUUCCUACAAUUACACCACCACCUUCGCUGUCAGAUCCACUUAAAGAGCUCUUUCGGCAACAGGAAGUAGUAAGAAUGAAACUACGUUUGCAACAUAGUAUCGAAAGGGAAAAACUUAUUGUAUCCAAUGAACAAGAAGUUCUGCGAGUCCAUUACAGAGCUGCGAGGACACUGGCCAAUCAGACGCUGCCGUUUAGUGCUUGCACCGUCCUGCUGGAUGCAGAGGUGUACAACGUGCCCUUGGACUCACAGUCUGAUGACAGUAAAACUUCUGUGAGAGAUCGAUUUAAUGCAAGACAGUUCAUGUCCUGGUUACAAGAUGUGGAUGAUAAGUUUGACAAACUAAAGACCUGUCUUUUAAUGAGGCAGCAACAUGAAGCUGCAGCGUUAAAUGCCGUCCAGAGACUAGAAUGGCAACUCAAGCUCCAGGAACUCGAUCCUGCCACCUACAAGUCUAUCAGUAUUUAUGAGAUCCAGGAGUUUUAUGUUCCCCUGGUUGAUGUUAACGAUGAUUUUGAAUUGACUCCUAUAUAGCAGUGGGUACUUGCCUGGGUAUCAUCCUAAACUAACGAUACAAGAGUUACACUGUGGAAUACUGCCUUUAAGAAAAACCCUGAUAAUACGCCUUUACAGUUGUUAGUGAAGUUAACUAAAGUUGGUUAUGUAGUGAACACUGUCAUUUUAUAAAAAUAAAGAAAAAUAUUUUGGAUCUUAGGUCCAAAUACAGUUUCUAACAGAAAACUAUUAUUUAUAUUCAUCAAAGGUAACUAUUGCAUUAGAAAAUGUUGGCAAGCUGAGUAGAUCUUUAAAAAGUUGAGAAAACCUGUUAACAGCGCUGGAAGUUGUUAGCACUCCAAGUAACAAAAUAACCAACCACAAGUACUCAGAUCUCUUGCGGGUUUUAUUAAAAGUACAUGAGUAAACACAAAGAUCCAAUUCCUACCAAAUAGUUUCUAAUGCAGAAGAAAAAUCUUGGCACAAAAUUCCUCAGUUUAUUUUAUCUGUAAAUUAAUUGUACAGUUUUCUUUUUUGAAAGUUUUAAUAUUGUCUUCCUUUUUAAUAACUUAUUUUAUACAUAUUGUACAUCUUGUAAUUAAUGGUCAAUGUAUACAAGGGACUGGCCCUCAAAACUGUACACAGAGAUGACUGUAAAACUGUCUGUUCGUUGGACCAAAGUUGUCGUUGUGGAGUGUCAUAGCAGUGUGUUCAAAUAGUGAACCUUUGACUAGGCAUGCAUGGGUUUGAGCUAGCUUGUGUCCAUCCCAUAACUGUCAAGAUGGUGGCUUAGUUGUGUCGCAUGCUUCCUAUAAUUUAAUUCUUUUCUGUAACUGACGCCUGAGACAGUGUGAGACUUCUCUUCCCAGUUUCCUGCAAGAAAACCGGGGACUUUGUGUGUGGGGCACACUGAUCAGAAUGUCAUCAGAGAAGCAGGAGCUCUCUUCCGUCUCACUGGAGAACAACAACCAAUGCCUUUGAAUGGAAAUUCUGAAAUUGUAAAUGUCUAUUUUAAUACUCAACUAUGAAAGAAUCUGUGAAUAUAUGUAAAUAUGUUUAAUAAAUUUUAUUGGUCAUGUUAAAUCAUUGUAAACUUUCUUACAUUGCUUAAAUUUAAUCUUUUAAGCUUAAUAGCCUUUGCACUUUUAAAAUAACAAUUGAAUGCUCAGAUCAAAAUAAGAUACUUGGUAGUCAAAAUAAAUAAAAGACUUAGGAAUAUUCCAGCCCUUGAAAUGUUCAUGAAGAUUUUAUUAAUAUGUUGUAUUUUUCCUUGUAUCAAGAUGCAAAAUGUGUAAUUUGCAAAUUUUCAUAAUUGAAAUAAGAUUUGGUAUGCUUUUUAUAGUAAAAUAAUGAGCAAUAUACUUAGAACAAUUUCUCCUAUGACGUGAUGUAGAUUAGAUAUUCAGGAAAACUUUAGAUAAAACCUGCUGCUGAACUUGUAAAACAUUUGGAAAGGAAAAUUAGAUUAAUCUAAAAUCAUCAUAAAUAGGAUAAAUAUUUGUGAACGUUGCCUUGAAUUAUGAAAUAAUACCAGAUAUUUCCUAUUUUGAUAGGGAAAGGUAAAAAAUACGAAUUAAAUGGUUUAAAUUCAGCUCACAAGUUGGAAAUCCCAGCUAGUAAAAGAAAACAUUGGGUUUUCAGUGCAAAGGUACAUAUUAAGCUUAGGGAUUUUUGAAUUUUUACAUCAAUUUAUAUUUUCAUUCUUACUGUACUGGCAUGCGCAAUAAAGCAGCACAUGUGAAAAAUAUACAGUGCGAGGAUUAGUAAAGGUUGGACGUAGUUUUCCUUAGAAAUUUAGAUGAAAGACUUUGGCCUUUUCAUUGAAUAAAUGGGGCCAGAAAGGCAGGGUAGACUGAAGCACUGGUUUUUGUUGAAGUUGUGUUUAUUAAGGCUGGGAACAUUGGAAGCUAAUUUAUAAAAGCAAUACUUUUUAAUACAAAAACAACUUAAUGCAAAGUUUGUUUAUUCUUUAUCCUAGAAAGGAAAUUUGUUGAGCUCAUGUGGCAAAUAACAAAAAUUAAACAGGAUUAUGGAACGUUCAAGAGAGCAAGAGAAAAGUAAAUCUGUAGAGCACUUUGUUCUGAUGGCUCAGCUGUUGGGGCACGGGGCUGGGGGGGUACUGACCAAACAGAAGGAGCUGUUGGGGGGGGGAGGGGGAGAAAAAGAGAAAACAGCUUCUUGUAAGCAGGGCCCUGCAGGUGCAGCCCUCAGUCAGCCCAGCUUUCUAGUCCUGCCACAGUGCUCACUCUUUCCAUGGUAGCUCAGACAGCUGGAGCCUCUGCCACACUCCUGCUAUUAAUGCACUUCCUCUGCACGCCCGCUGCCGCUGCUGCCGCCGCCGCCGCCGCCGCCGGGAGAGCUAAGUCACUGCGCCUCAUAGGAAGUGUGUGAGUUAGUACAUAGUUAGAACUCUCGAUGUUAGAGACUUUCUGAAGGUCGAAAAUACUAGAGGGAAAAAUCUCAGAAUGGAUGCCUAAAAAUAUUUGGGUUCUCAAAGAAAAAUAAGGAUGCUGAAUUUAAUCAGUGAUUCUUUUUAAACUCUUAAACAUCAUGAACAAGAUAUUAAAUUGUACCUAAGGAUUUGUAUUUCUUUAAGUCUUGUUCUAAAUCAUAUCUGUUUAAUAAAUGACUAGUUAAUAUUUGUGCAUGUUAUUUAAUAAAGAGUUAUAUUUUUAUAGAAAAAAAUAAGAGUGAAAUGUGUGCUAAGUGUUUUUGACUUACUGUCCCACUCCUGUAUAGGUAAGUGAAGCACCAGUGUUUACUUGGGCCUCCAGCAAGGUUGCAGAAGUACUCACCUUGUGGAAGCAAUCCCUUUCAAAUCAACUGAGCAAGGAGAGGUCUCACAAAUGAAUUGUAAGCAGGAGGCACGCUGCACAAUUCCCAAAGCCCCAUGCACCUCGUUUGAGUGGCACUCGGCAUUCUAGUGGUCUAGGAAACAAGGCAGGGUGAAAUGGUUUCCUCUCCUUUUCAAAAGGUUAGCAAUGUCUUUAACUCUACCUCUGCUGCUCUGGCAUAUAAAUUCCCAAAACUUUACACAAAGGCUGUUGACUAGUUAAAGGAAACAUUUCACCAUUAAAAAACAAAAAACAAAAAAAAAAAAACAACUUUUUUUUUUCACCAGGCAGAUGGUUCAUGCCUGUAAUCCCAGCAUUUGGGAGACAGAGUUCAGUGCCAGAUUGGACCGUUAAUGAUACCCUGUCUCAAAACAACAAUAAAAUCAGCAAAUGUUUCAAACCCUUAAGGCAAGAAGUCAAAAAAAAAAAAUAAUAAUAGUCUUUGGAGAUGUGUGUGGAGUUCAGUGGUUCAAACUUCCUUUUGAGGCAUGGUCUCACCAUGUAGCCUUGGCCAGCCUGGUACUGGCUAUGUAGACUGUAACUCAGAAAUCCACCUCCCUCUGCCUCCCAAGUGCCAGGAUUAAAGAUGUGCACCACCACACCCAGCUAAAGUUUCUUGUAAUUCAUUAUCUUGGAAGUCUUGUAGUACUUCAGAGGAAAUUUAAGACCCCAUAGAAAUAGUCACCUGAAUUUUUUCAAUCAUGAAAACUAGGGUUCAUAAAAGAAACUCAGCCAUAUAAAGUAAACAAUCAUUAAACUGUUCUAACUAUAGAAUUUUAAGUAUUAGCACAAAAGUAGCAAGUACAGCUGGAAGAUUGGCCAGGUUUCUCCUGUGAGUAAAUAUAUACAGUAUUGAUGGUAAUAUAAUUUUUGGUCAUGAGACACACUUCCAUCAGAGGAAAUUAUGUGAAGGUUUUUAUCCUAAGUUAGGCAGUCUCUGCUCACAUUAGGAAUCGGUGUUCUUACAUGAAAACCUAGGAAAGCACAUUUGUCUUAUUUAAGUACAUUUUUAAAAAGUGGUUACUUUAUCCAAAUCUUCAGCUAGCACCAGAUAAAAAGCCUUUAUGUAGCUAACCCCCCCUCGCUCUUUAGAACAAUGUUACACACCGAGGACAGGUUCACAGAUUAAUAGUCAUCACUUGUCAUCCCUCAUUCAGCGUUACGUUUGUUAGUAGUUUUUAAAAGAUGGUUCUGCUUUAGAUCCAAGUUUUUAAACAAUCCAGACCUAAGUAAGCCGUUUGAUAACUCCUUGUUACAAGUACCCAAAUCAACACAAAGUUUUCAUCACCCCAGAGAGUCCCUCAUGCCUCAGCCCAUGCUGUUUCCCCAAGAGGCAACCAGUGGGCUGCCUGCCUUCACUCUGUUAGUCCCACCUAGUCUCAAACUUCGUGGAAGUGAACUCAUGUAGCAUAUACCUGUGUCUGCCUUCCUUCUUAAGCAGAUUUUGGAAUUCAUAUGUGUUUCGUAUAUCAGUAACAAGUAGUAAUUUUUACCGAGUAGUGUAAUUGUACAAAUGUGUUCUCGUGUUCUUAGUGUUCGGAUUGUUUACAGUUGGGAUAUUGUGAAUAAAACCUAUGGACAUGGAAACCUUCA